AAUUUUCUGUUAGAAACCGUUUCCUGAGCUUUCAGUGAAACGUGGUGGGCAAGUUGUCCCGGUGAUUAAGUGAGUGCCGGUAUUAUUAUUGUUAGUGCCGUGAUGGCUGUUAUUUUAAAUGAUCCCAACGGGGAAUUUCUCUGGGAAUCGAAGGUCCAGGCCGCGGCGGCUCGCGUGCCCCAUCUGGCGGCGGAUUCCGGGACUGCAGGCCACGCCGCUCACUGUCCCAUCCCUCGCCCACAGGCGUCACCUCCCGUCACCCCGACCUCGCCAUGCGGACCUCGCGAGUGCCCCCUACCCGCCCGGCCCUACUGCUCCUGUUGCUGCUACUGGGGGGCGCCCACGGACUCUUCCCCGAGGAGCCGCCGCCGCUCAGCGUGGCCCCCAGGGACUACCUGAACCACUAUCCCGUGUUCGUGGGCAGCGGGCCAGGACGCCUGACGCCGGCAGAGGGCGCGGAGGACCUCCACAUCCAGCGGGUCCUGCGGGUCAACAGGACGCUGUUCAUUGGGGACAGGGACAACCUGUACCGGGUAGAGCUGGAGCCCCCCACUUCCACGGAGCUUCGGUACCAGCGGAAGCUGACCUGGCGCUCCAAACCCAGCGACAUCAACGUGUGUCGGAUGAAGGGCAAGCAGGAGGGCGAGUGCCGAAACUUUGUAAAGGUGCUGCUACUUCGGGACGAAUCCACGCUUUUCGUGUGCGGUUCCAACGCCUUCAACCCUGUCUGUGCCAACUACAGCAUGGACACACUGCAGCCCCUCGGGGACAACAUCAGCGGCAUGGCCCGCUGCCCGUAUGACCCCAAACACGCCAAUGUCGCGGUUUUCUCUGAAGGAAUGCUGUUCACAGCCACCGUUACGGACUUCCUAGCCAUCGACGCUGUCAUCUACCGCAGCCUCGGGGACCGGCCCACCCUGCGCACCGUGAAGCACGACUCGAAGUGGUUCAAAGAGCCCUACUUCGUGCACGCAGUGGAGUGGGGCAGCCACAUCUACUUCUUCUUCCGGGAGAUCGCGAUGGAGUUUAACUACCUGGAGAAGGCGGUGGUGUCCCGCGUGGCCCGGGUGUGCAAGAAUGACGUGGGGGGCUCCCCUCGUGUGCUGGAGAAGCAGUGGACGUCCUUCCUGAAGGCUCGGCUCAACUGCUCUGUGCCCGGGGACUCCCACUUUUACUUCAACGUGCUGCAGGCCGUCACGGGCGUGGUCAGCCUGGGGGGCCGGCCUGUGGUCCUUGCUGUUUUCUCCACUCCCAGCAACAGCAUCCCCGGCUCGGCCGUCUGCGCCUUCGACAUGACCCAGGUGGCUGCGGUGUUCGAAGGCCGCUUCCGCGAGCAAAAGUCGCCUGAGUCCAUCUGGACACCCGUGCCAGAGGAUCAGGUGCCGAGGCCCCGGCCCGGGUGCUGUGCCGCUCCCGGCAUGCAGUACAACACCUCCAGCGCCUUCCCCGACGAGAUCCUCAACUUCGUCAAGACCCACCCCCUGAUGGAGGAGGCGGUGCCCUCGCUGGGCCACGCGCCCUGGAUAGUGCGGACUCUGACACGGCACCAGCUGACACGGGUGGCCGUGGACGUGGGCGCCGGCCCCUGGGGCAACCAGACCGUUGUCUUCCUGGGCUCGGAGGCGGGCACUGUCCUCAAGUUCCUCGUCUGGCCCAACGCCAGCACCUUGGGCACCACCGGACCCAGUGUCUUCCUGGAGGAAUUUGAGACCUACCGGCCAGACAGGUGUGGACAGUCAGGUGGCAGUGAGACGGGGCAGCGGCUGCUGAGCCUGGAGCUGGACGCGGCCUCAGGAGGCCUGCUGGUGGCCUUCCCCCACUGCGUGGUCCGCGUGCCCGUGGCCCGCUGCCAGCAGUACUCAGGGUGCAUGAAGCACUGCAUUGGCAGUCAAGACCCCUACUGCGGGUGGGCCCCCGAUGGCUCCUGUGUCUUCCUCAGCCCAGGCACCAGGGCCACCUUUGAGCAGGACGUAUCCGGGACCAGCACCUCAGGCUUAGGGGACUGCACGGGACUCCUUCGGGCCAGCCUCUCAGAAGAGCGGGCCGGGCUGGUGUCCGUGAACCUGCUGGUGACAUCGUCAGUGGCGGCCUUCGUGGUGGGCGCCGUGGUGUCCGGCUUCAGCGUGGGCUGGUACGUGGGCCUCCGGGAGCGCCGUGAGCUGGCCCGACGCAAGGACAAGGAAGCCAUCCUGGCCCACGGGGGCGGGGAGGCGGUGCUGAGCGUGAGCCGGCUGGGAGAGCCUGACCAUGCAUGCCAGCUGAGUGGCCAGCUGUGA